AUGGCGAUGCUGCAGUCUGCGGUGUCCAACAAGCACCAUUUUAUGGACAGCAACUUGCUCUAUCAGUGCAGAAUGAAUUUCCGCCGGCGGCGGCGAUUAAUGGAACUCCUCACUGAAAAAUCUCGCUUGAUGCCAGAAAGCCAUGACAGCCCGUUUUGCCUGCGCAAGCAGAACCACGACAACAGAAAACACACCAGUUUUCUCUCAGUGAGCCCCACCAAGGAGAUAAAGAUUGUGUCGGCAGUACGGAGGAGCAGCAUGAGUAGCUGUGGCAGCAGCGGAUACUUCAGCAGCAGCCCAACGCUCAGCAGCAGUCCCCCUGUGAUCUGCAACCCCAAAUCCGUAUUAAAGAGACCCGUGACUGCUGAUGAGCUCUUGAUGCCUGGAGCCCCAUAUGUAAGAAAAACUUUUACGAUUGUCGGCGACGCAGUGGGCUGGGGCUUUGUGGUGCGGGGGAGCAAGCCCUGCCAUAUCCAGGCCGUGGACCCCAGCGGGCCGGCAGCCGCAGCUGGGAUGAAGGUUUGCCAGUUUGUUGUAUCUGUCAAUGGCCUCAACGUUCUCCACGUGGAUUACAGGACAGUGAGCAACCUCAUCCUGACUGGCCCUCGAACGAUUGUGAUGGAAGUGAUGGAAGAAAUAGAAUCCUGA